CCGGGGCAGCAAGGCCCGGGGAAGGCCAUGCACCGAGGCGGGCCGGGACCAGGCCUCAGAGGCCUGAAGGGGGCCGAGGGCCCCGCCGAGGACUUGGGGGGCUCUUGCCUGGAGGCCGGCAGGGAUUUUGGGGUGCUGAAGGAGAAUGGCGAGGCCGAGGAGGCGGCGAGCAGCAGGAAACGCGCCCGGCCGGUGCGCUCCAAGGCGCGGCGCAUGGCGGCCAACGUGCGGGAGCGCAAGCGCAUCCUGGACUACAACGAGGCCUUCAACGCGCUGCGCAGGGCGCUGCGGCACGACCUGGGCGGCAAGAGGCUCUCCAAGAUCGCCACGCUGCGCAGGGCCAUCCACCGCAUCGCGGCGCUCUCCCUAGUCCUGCGCGCCAGCCCCGCGCCCCGCUGGCACUGCGGGCACCUGGAGUGCCACGGCCAGGCCGCGCGUGCCGGGGGCGGCGGGGACGCGGGCUCCAGCCCGCCGCCGCCCGCCCCGCCGCCCGCCGGCCCCUUCGCGCCGCGCUGCGCCUCGUGUUCCCCGCACACGCACCCGGGACGGCCCAGGGCGGUGGCCGAGGCUCAGGGCGUGGCCCAGGCGUCCGCGGGAAGCUGGCGCCGCGGUCCCGGGGCUCCCUUGGCCUGGCCGCGGGGCCACCCGCGAGCGGGCCCCGGGUUGGGCUUCCAGCACUCCUGACUGGCUCCAGAGAGACCCGGUGGGCCUGGAGGGAGGCCGGCCAGGGAGGAGCCAACGGCAGGAUGACUACUAAAGGGAAGACUGCAAAAAACCGUCCUGGACCAAGAAAAACUGAGUGGCUGAGGCCAGAGAGAGAGAGAGGAGGCAGCCUUGCCAGUAGGAAGGAACUGAGCCCAAGGCUGCGCUCCCCAGCACCUCCCUCCUCAGCCUGAAGCCCAACCAGGGAUGACAGCUCCAGGAAAGGAGCAGGAUCCUGCUGGGUUCUUUCUUAUGUUUGGACUUGAUGAACUCUUCUCAGAAAGUGAUCUUUGCAUUCCUGUGCCUCUGAGUCCUAUCUCUUCUUGCUGCUUUUUAGGAGAAAGAGGGCUUUUG